UAUCAACAUAAAAUCAUCUGAAGGAGAAGAAAAAUACACGACUUAAUUGCAAUGGAUAAGAGAAAGUCAUGCAUUUUGAUGGCUUUCUUUAUUCUAUUGCUAUCCAUGGACGCCAUCUUUGUCCAGGCUGCAGGCAAUAGUAAUGCCAACAAUAGCAAUGGCAAUGGAAAUGGCAACAACAACAAUGGUAAUGGCAAUGGCAAUGGAAAUGGCAACAACAACAAUAACAAUGGCAAGGGCAAUGGCAAUGUUGACAACAACAGCAAAGAAGAUUAUGACGUGUUAUCACCAGAGUCUGAUGGAAAGGAACGAGCUAAAUGCAAAGCAAAUGGAGCUUGUUACGCCAAAACUCUUACAUGUCCAAAUGAAUGCCCACAGAGGAAGCCCAAACAGAACAAAAAGAAGAAGGGAUGCUAUGUUGACUGUAGUAGCAAAUGUGAAGCCACUUGCAAAUAUAGAAAGGCCAACUGUAAUGGAUACGGCUCCCUCUGCUAUGAUCCUCGGUUUGUUGGUGGAGAUGGUGUAAUGUUUUACUUUCAUGGAGCAAAGGGAGGAAACUUUGCUGUUGUUUCAGAUGAGAACCUCCAAAUCAAUGCCCAUUUCAUUGGAACUCGACCAAUAGGAAGGACUCGCGACUUUACAUGGGUCCAAGCUUUGGCUAUAAUGUUUGAAAGUCACACCCUUGUCAUUGCAGCAAAGAGAGUAACACAUUGGGAUGAUAAUGUUGAUGCUCUCACUGUAAGGUGGGAUGGUGAAUCAAUUAACAUCCCUACUGAUGGAGAGGCUGAAUGGAGGACCAAUGGUGAAGAAAGAGAAGUGGUAGUGGAAAGAACCGAUGAUGCUAACAGUGUAAGAGUUAGAGUUGCUGGGCUGGCUGAAAUGGACAUUAGGGUGACACCUAUUGGAGAAAAAGAAAACAAAGUUCACAAUUACCAGUUACCCUCUGAUGAUGCCUUUGCUCACUUGGAGACACAAUUCAGGUUUUUCAAUCUAACAGAUCUUGUUGAGGGAGUGUUAGGCAAGACAUACAGGCCUGACUAUGUUAACCCUGUCAAGAUUGGAGUUCCAAUGCCAAUGAUGGGUGGGGAGGACAAGUACCAGACUCCAUCCCUCUAUUCACCUCUUUGCAAAGCUUGCAAAUUUCAGCGGCAGUAUGGGUUUGGUGAAGUUGCUCAAUACUAAUUAUAGUCAAGAAUGAUAAACAUGAAGUUUGCUCAGAACCAAUGAGAUUCAAGAAAAGUAAACUUUGUUCUUUAGCCAAUGAGUUAGAACGUGUAUCUUGUUUUGACUCAUCAGCUUUGUAUUUGAUUAAGAAAACAACAAUAAGGGCACCAAAGUUAUGUCCAACUCAAUAAAGAUGAAUAUUGCUAAUUA